AUGCGGUGCUCAGCGAGUGCAGCCCGCAUCCUCACGCUCCUUUCUCUUGCCAUCCUUUUGAACCACUUCACGCUUGUCGACGCCCAAUUUAGCCUGCCAUCUACUGGCACCUCGUCCUCUGUUACCUCGGACUCCACGACGUCCUCCUCGGCUGCGUCUGUCAGUUCUACGCCCGUAUCUAGCACGACGUCGGACACUUCUGUCGCAGAAUCCUCGUCGUCAUCUUCAUCGGACGUCCAGUCGGCCUCGUCAACCUCUUCUCAGGAUGCGACUAGCAGCGCUGCUUCUACCUCUGACAUCGUUUCCUCCUCGUCCUCGACUUCGUCAUCAUCCUCUGUAGAGAGCACUUCAUCUUCGAGCUCCUCUUCGUCCUCGUCCUCCUCGUCUUCAUCGUCCUCUUCGUCGUCCCUAUCCUCAUCGUCUAGUACCUCGUCUUUGACCACGUCGACCACGCCGUUCUUCGCGACCGCCACCCAGAAGUCAACGGCUAGCUACAAGUCGGUCGCCACCGAGGGCAUUGCCAGAACCAGUGCCUCUGCUACUGUGAGUGUAGCGGGCGCUGCUUCCACCGAUAGCUCGGCAUCCUCUUCAAACGGCUUUUUCUCCAACAAAGCCGCCGUUGCAGGCGUGUUCAGUGCAGUCGGCAUCGUCGGCCUGUUGGUUGUCAUUGCUAUCGUCCAGAAGAUCAUCCGGAGCCGCCGACCUCGCUUCGACCAAGAGGACACAUUCUUCGAUAAGUUUGACACGGGCGUCAAGCCUCAGGGUGACUACACGGACUCGCCUCCCGCGAGCGAGCUCGGCCACGGUACGCUGCAGACCGCGGGUGACGGCGCAUACCCGGACCGCUCUAUGCACUUCGGCAUGCCGUCCACCUUCGACGAUACCCAGCCGCGCGACUCCAUUGUCGAGUAUGCUAAAGGCACCGCUAUCGCCGCUGCUCGCUACCAGGAGGGUCCCUACCAGUACGGCGGCCAGCCUGGAGCCUACGGCGGCGAGUUCACCAACGCGCAUUACCAGGCGCAGUUCGCAGACGUCCCCGGCAAUUACGCGUCUGCAGACCCGUAUAGCAUUGCUAGGCCGGGGACGGCUGCCCCGAUGGCGGACCACGGGUACCAUGGGUACGCCCAGUAG